UUUUCGAUUGAACCUUAUUCAAUAUUCCUGCAAUCUCUACACAAACUGCAAGCCGUUCAUCGAGAGUAAAUUAGCACACACCUCUCGUUUAGCCAUGCGAUCCCACCAGCAGCAAAGAGACAAAACUAUCGCCGAAUUUGCUGCCAGUUUGAAUCUUGACCGGCGCGGACAGCUGCCCAGCGCCUCGCGGGAGCUCAAUGAGUGUACAAAUACCAUGAUGAACCGUCAGCGGCGGACCGUUGGUCCGUUUACCUUGCCACCGCUUGUGAGACCGCCACCGCCACGCCACAUAUUCCAUCCAAUGCACUUGCAGGGAGCCGGUGAUCGGAUGCACUUUAAUCUGCAGAACAUAUUGCCGGCGAUACCUCGCGCUCAGUUGGCUGCUCGCAUCGGAGGCGGCGAUGGCGAGCUGCCGGGGCAAGGACUGGGCCAGGCCGGAGUCCAUCAGUUGAACCACAAUGAGGUGGCGCCGCCUGAUGGGGGCUUUUGGCUGCGCCCUCGUGCCGCCAGGCAUAUGAAUAUCGCCUUUCGGGUCGUCAGGGGCGGCCUGGGCCGCGGUGAGGCCUUGCGCGCAAUGGCUGUCCUCGGACAGGGCCAAGCGGGCGAUGGCCCCUACAUUGUUGGCAAUGGCGCACAGGUACCGCCACAGAUGCGUCGCCAAAUUGGAGCGGGUGAUGGACCCGCUCGACAGCAGAUUGCAGACGUCAUGGAUGUGCUGUUCGGAAAUCCAGUGCGUCGACCCAGACAUCGUCAUAUUUUUAACAGUUUCCGACUCUUGCUGCGUUACGUUAAUCGCCGUCGAUUCGCCUUAAGGGAGCUCCGUGGCCAGAUCCUGCAAGCAGCCGCCGGCCCCGCAAACCGAGACGGACACAACGUUCAUGCUGGCCGAGUGCCAGCCGAAGUCGCAGUAGACCAGGAACCUGUGCUACCCGAACCCCACGGACUCAACGCUAACGAAGAUGCUGCCGAAAUUGUCCGCGAUGUGGAUGGGAACGAAGAUCUCGAGGCACCCGAGGAACAGGAGGAAGUGGAGCCUCCGGUGAACGGCAAUGCCAAUGAAAUUGUUGGCUUGGAGGACACACAACAGCCGAUGGCAGGGGAAGGAUCAGCAGCAGUGGCCCUGGAUCCUCUCCACAGUGUAAUGUUUCAGGUUCAGGAACGACUGGGCCACAUUGCGGAGCAGAUGGACAGCUAUGAGAAGAUGUUGCCAAACGAGCAGCAGCAUCAGGAUGGCGACGGCGAUGCCGUCUGAGGAGCUAUGGUCUCCCCGGUCGGGCGGUGGCAGUUCCCUCC